AUGCUCGGCCGAGACGGCGUGCCAAAGACCACGACUGAUCCGGCGGCGGCAGGAGUCCUUGCGGGAACGGGCGAGACCCCCGGCGACGACGACGAGCUCGAGCCCCUGACGAAGUACGUCGACUGGACGGAACAUAUCUCCAUCUCCAUCGGCCCGUUUGUCAUUCUCUUUUUCGAUCUCGCGCUGCCGUGCGGACUGCCUCCCGUCCAGACGGUCGAGAGUCGAAUUCUCGGUUUUGCCAUUAUUGCUUUCGGUUUCGGCGAAGUGUAUAUCCUCAUUGUGCGAGUAUACCGACUCAUCGCCCGCUUCGACGAGUGCGCGCCGCUGCUGUCCAAGCACUGGUGGGAGCUGGACGCCACGACCUGGGUUUACGCACUCGGUCUGAUUGCCGCCUUGGUCCCCUUUGUCUGCUCAACCACAGUUUACGAGCCGGACGUUGUCGAGUGGCUGUACCUGUACUCUCCCGCCUUCAUGUUCAUGGUCCUAGACGUCAUCGCCUUUGCGACGUUGAUCCCGAUCAAGAUCCCGUUCCGCAUCAACUCGGACCCCAAAGGCACACGCCUGAAGCCCAUCGUCUACUAUGCCGCCGAAGACUUCUUCGCCGUCGACGGAGCGCAGAAUAGGGAGUUCCGCAAAAGAUACGUCGAGCGGUACGACAAGUCAAUGAUGUUCCGCAAGAUGAUUCUCGAGUUGACGCUCUUCUGGAUCGGCGGCUGCACUGCGUACAUUGGCUACGUGGCCGGCAUCAUUUGGAACCUGGAAUUUGAACGCGCGUUUGGUACGACGUUGGGCGUCUUGUUUGGGUGGAUUAUAAUCUGGGGUGUCACUGCGAGAUUUUGGAUCGAGUACGCGAUCAAGCGCGAGCAAAAGUGGUGGAAAGAGAACAAGGCCGAAAGAAACGCGGCCAAGCUUCAAUGA